CCCGCCUUUCCAAAAAAUUUCCGCCCGAAACUCCAAAUUCCACCCGCCCCCACAUUUCGCUUCCCACGAAGAACGCGAGAAAUCCAAUCCAACCCACCACGAUCCCAUCAAUCCAAUCCAAUCAACCCCGCGUUCGAGCUCCUCCCGAUUCCCCAGAGCCAGAUCCUUCCCCAGCAGCGAACAGCGCAGGAAGUCUCUUCUCGGAUCAGAUGGGGAGGCCGCGGAAGACGAAGGCCGAACCGGAGCCAGCUCCCGCCUUCUCGAUUGGGAACUGCAAGGUGGAGAUCCACGGGGGCGGAUUGCGGUGCGAGAGCACGGAGCAGGCGCUCACCGUCUCCGGGCCUAGGGGGGGCGCCAAGGUUGUCGUCUCUGUUCAUGGGGAUCAGAAGAGUGCUUCGAAUGGCGUUGGCGAGGGUUCUCAAUUCAUCCUCCUCAAUCCAAGUGAUGCAGAUAGCCAAAUCAAGUCACUGCUUCAGGAAGUAUUGACGAUUUAUAAACAAGAACUUCCUUCUAUGGACUAUGCUGCUGACACUGGGAGAAACUCAGGGUUUCUUGAAAAAUGCACAACUAAUGGGAAGUACAAGACUCUAAUUCUGAUGUCUACCCAGGCUGCACAGCAUGAAGAGGUCGUAGCUGCUGUGUCAUAUCAGAUUGUGCCAGCUGACACUCAAUAUGCUGAAAUACCUCUGGCAGUUGUGAGAUCAUCUCAUCAACGUGCGGGUAUUGGCCACCUCUUAUAUAAGGAACUAUCCCAGAGGCUUCAAAAUGUUGGUAUCACAACCAUAUUCUGCUGGGCGGAUAAGGUCUCUGAGGGAUUUUGGCUAAAACAGGGUUUUGUAUCUAUUGGAGAAGUGGAUACUAGAGGUAAGAUUCGAAAGAUUCCAGUAAGGGCUGAUAUAAAGAGAGCAUUAUGCUUUCCUGGAGGAUCAACACUUAUGGUUGCACACCUCAAGAAGGAAUUGCCGAUCCUACAAGCAUGGGAGAAACCCCAGACAUCUCCACUCCACACUGUAGUGCCAGAUAGCAUUUCUCCUGAUGAUACAGAUGACAAUAUGGUCCUCCAGACAUUUAAACGCCGUAAAGUCAGAAAGACUGCAAAUGUAGCAAGAACUGGAGCUCACAUUGAUUGUGGUGAAAUUUCAUUAUCUGAGCAAGAGCCAAAGAAACGUAUAUAUGAAAUGUCUUCAUCAUCACUAAAGUCAAAAAGAAUAAGGUGUAGCAAUGAUGGUGGCAAUGGCCAAGACAUGAAUCAAAGUGAUGCCCAUGACAAUUACUUCUGCAGUUCCCCUGGAAAUUCAGUGCCUCUAAUUCCAAAAGAGAAUCGUGCUCCUAGCCUGGGAGUUCAUUUUGAGAACAAAAUGUCUGGCGAGGAGAAGGCUGUUGUCCAUUCUUAUGGUAACCCUACAAUCAUGCUCAUGAAUAUUGCAGAUGAACAAAAGAAGGCACGCCUUACAAAGGUAGUUGAAACGCUUGGUGGGUUUGUUACUUGCGAAGGACAUGCAUGCACACAUAUUGUUACUGGAAAAGUUCGCAGGACUAUGAACUUCUGUAUUGCUUUGUCCUCUGGUGCUUGGAUAGUUUCCCCAAACUGGCUAAAAGAAAGCUUCAGACAAGGGCAGUUUGUAGGAGAAGCACAAUAUGUUCUGGAAGAUGAAGAAUUUAGGAUGCAAUACAAGUCUGUACUGAGGGAUGCAGUUAUGAGAGCUAAAGAAAGGCCCAACUCCUUAUUUUCUGGCUACACUUUCUGUCUGUCAAAGUACAUUCAGCCCUCUUUUGAUGUUCUCUCAUCCAUUAUUAAAUCUACUGGGGGCAAGAUCAUAAAAAAGCUGAGCGAGUUAGAUGAGCCGUCCCAGACAAUCUUUUUGGUGUGUGAAGAGGAGACAGAACUUGCGUUGGUUGCAGCAAAACGUGGCAUCAAAACAUUCAGUAGUGACUGGUUCAUGAGCUGUGUCAUGAAGCAGGAACUUGACCUUGAGGCGCCUCAGUUCACUGUAUCUCUCUGAUGUGGCAGCAGCUGAAGUCUUGCUUUUCCUAAGGCAUCUCUUCCUUCGGUUCUUCUCUUGGUUCGUUGUAGAUAUACAGAUUUUCUUAUUUACCUAGUUGCAAAAUGUAAAGUAGUCUCAAAACUAGUUUUGGUCCUGUGAAAGUGAUUGCCUGUUUUAAAUCGAAAAUUAUAUGCAGGAGCCAUUCCAGUUUUGAUGUGUUUUUGUAUAAAACCUUGGCAUUGAAAAUCAGCACUAUAUGUCUAGAAAUUCUUAUGUUGUUUGACGGAGGGGAACUAAUGGAGAAAUAGAGCCAUCGUUAGCAUUAUCUCAUGUUCAGGCCAGGACACAUCACGGCACAUCUGUCCCACCUUGGCCACGCCGUGUCGCCUCUAGCAUGCCGCCAAGCCGUCUUCUACAGUUCUGCUGCUGCUCCGGCGCGCUACCCACCCAUCCUGCAGCUAGCAGUCGCACCGUCAAUAGGCUGCUCCCAUGCGGCACCUCUUACAAUCAUGUCCAUACCUGAUACCUGCUUCGGACGCCCUCCCAUGGCCUCUCCUGCAUCUUCCCUCUCGUUCCUUCUUGCUGCAGCCACCUUGAGUCCUUGACCUCCAUCCGGCUCUUGGUGCUGGUUAUGCUCAUGGAUUUGGAGGCUCCGCUUGGUUCCCGGCCUGGCACUUCAACUCGCACCUUCUAGGAAGAUGCCCGGAUCGAAGGAUCCCGGAUGCCUCGGAUCCGCAAUCUUCUAAGAGCAGGAGGCGGCGGCGGGAGCUCUCUGUUGCCUCCACCGCUGCUGACUCCAGAACCUCAAAAAGCGUCCAUGUCUCCAGCUUCAACUUCAAGGUGAUCCUCCUAGUAUUAGAGAGGAAGGUCCUGCAGCCUGCAAGGUGCCACGGGCGCCAUGAGUCUGUUGUCCUGGAACUACAGAGGAACAGGAGGGAGCCUCUGCAGCCCUAAGAUGCAACAUCUCUCCCGUUUGAUUGUGUCUACUAAAGCCCAGUUGAAUGCCUUGCAGGAGGCCUUUGGCUGCUUUGGAAAGAAGAUGUGCCCUUGCAAGUAGAACAAUCUAGUUCAAAUGUUAUCUUAGCUAGUUGUGAAUAUAAGCCAACUGCUACGAAGUUUAUCCUGCUCGUGUUUGUGGUGAUCCCUAUCACAGAAAAACUCAGUCUAUCUGGCAGGACAUCAUGCUUUUAUUGUAAAAUAUCCUAAUAUUCCUGCUUUCUGUAUGAGGGAUCUUAACAAUGUAAUGCAUCCUAAUGAAAAGCUAGGUCUUAGACCUAUUAAUGUU